AUGGAUGCAACCAAUUUCUUAUCCUCCAACACUACUUUUCUUCAACAGCCUGCAGGGGUUUCUUACUUGUUCUCAAAAAAGCUCUAUAUCUUAAGCAUGGCUGGAAGUAGAAGAUCAAAGGGACGCGAUUAUGAGGGAAGGCUAGUGAAUGAGAACAGGAUUGCGCUGCGAAUGCGCAUCAAGGAGAAGAAACUGUUGGAGGCAAACUAUGAACCGCCUUCGAAUUGGAUGGAGUGGGAAAAGAAGUAUUAUGUGCGCUAUAAUGAGGAUAUUUGCGAAGCAAUGGGGCUGUUUCAGAAUUAUUUGAUGAACAUUAGGCCAGGUUUCGCAUUAGGAAUAAUAGGUGUUCUGGCACUGAGUGUGGCUAUUUCUACUGGAUUUCUCUUUUAUCAAUCCAUAGUGAUAACUAAGAUCAUCUUUUCUGGAUUUCAUUUGUUGUAA